AUGAGCGACUCGGACGGCGACACCCCGAUGCCCUCGGGCAGCGCACCCGCCCGCAACACCAACCGCCACGCCCGCUCCCACUCGGACGACGACGCCGGCUCCCCCUCGUCCGCCGACCACCUCCCCGCCCGCAAGCGCGUAAAGCUCGACCAGGCCACCAAGCCCAAGCCCAUCAACGGCAAGGGCAAGGCCCGCAUGCCCGACUCGGACCAGAGCGGCCACGACGAGUCCAGCGACGACGACCACAAGCCCGUACGCCGCGACGGCGCCGACGACGACUUUGGCCAAGACGAGCGCCAGCACCUCGUGCGCCACGACGACGGCUACGUGACGGGCUCCAUCGUCCGCAUCGCGUGCCACUCGUUCCUCACCUACGACAGCGUCGAGUUUCGCCCUGGUCCGGCCCUCAACAUGAUCAUCGGGCCCAACGGCACGGGCAAGUCGACCAUCGCGUGCGCCAUCGCCAUCGGCCUCGGCUUUCCCGCAAAGGUCCUCGGCCGCUCGACCAAGCUGUCGGCCUACUGCAAGAACGACUCGAACGAGUCGACCUGGAUCGAGCUCGAGCUCAAGGGCAAGCCGGGCGACAACAACCUCGUCGUGCGCCGGUACCUGUCGCGCGACUCGGAGAAGACGCGCUUCGAGCUCGACGGCAACGAGGCGACGUCCAAGGCCGUCAUGGAGCACAUGGAGGAGCUCCAGGUCCAGGUCGGCAACCUGUGCACGUUCCUGCCGCAAGACCGGGUCGCCUCGUUCGCCAUGAUGACGCCGCCCGAGCUCCUGCGCGAGACGCAGCACGCGGCCGGCAACGAGAACCUCACCAAGUGGCACCAGGUCCUCAUCGCCGAGUACAAGCACCUCAAGGAGUCGCAGAUCGAGGUCGCCCGCCUGAGCGACGUCCUCACGCGCAAGCAGACCAAGCAGGCCGAGGCCGAGAAGGAGGUGCGCGCGUUCGAGCAGCGCGAGCGCCUCGAGCAGGACCGCGCCGUCGUCGAGGUCCUCGUCAAGUUUGCCGAGUACAACAAGGUCUACAACGAGUACGACACGAUGCGCGGCGACCGAGACCGGUGCAAGAACGAGGUGUCGCAGCUCGAGGAGGUCAACCGGCCGUUCAGGGCGAGCGUCGAGGCGCUCGACGGCUUGGUCAAGGCGUGCCGCAAGGAGCAGGACAAGGUCGACAAGAAGGUCCACAACCUGUUCAAGGACGCCGACAGCUUCAAGACGAGGCUCGACAAGCUCGACAACGACCGCAACACGGUCUCGGAGGCGAUCACCGACAUCAAGCGCACCGAGAACGAGCGCCGCAAGCGCGUCAACACGCUCGAGAUCGCCAUCGCCAAGCUCACGGACCUGGUCGCCGACGAGCCCGCCGAGGCCAACACGGCCGACCUCGACCGCCAGAUCAACGCUCUCAGCCGCAACCGCAACGAGAUCGCGAGCCAGAUCCAGGAGCGCCAGAACGAGCGCAGCGAGAUCGAGCGCCAGGCGGACGAGUUUAAGCUCGCCGAGCGCACGUACGGGGCCGAGAUCGAGAAGCAGCAGCAGGUGGCGACCCAGCGCGAGCGCAACCUCAAGCAGUGGGACCCCGACACGUGGAAGGCCGUCCAGUGGCUGCGGGCCAACAAGGCCGAGUUCCGCGGCCGCGUCUACGAGCCGGCGAGGCUCAGCAUGUCGAUGAAGAAGCAGUUCGGCAACGUCAAGCUCGACGCGCGGUACGCCGACCUCGUCGAGGGCCCGAUCCCUUUGAGCGCCAUCAACACCAUCCUGUUCGAGUUCCGCGAGGACUACGACCGCAUGAUGAAGAUCCUCACCGACGAGCCCAACCGCCGCCAGCCCAAGUCGGGCAUCUCGUUCAACGGCGCCGAGGUGACGGGCAUCCCGAGCGUCGACGAGAUGGAGCGCCCGCUGUCGGCCGACGACCUCGCCAAGUUCGGGUUCGACUGCUACGCCAUCGACCUCCUCGAGGGCCCGCCGGCCGUCCUGAGCUACCUCGCGCACAACUUUCAGCUGCACCGCAUCCCGAUGCAGCUCAGUCGGCGUCCUGUCGAUGCUCGCGGCAUCGAGGCGACGAGGCGCAUCCAGCGGUACUACACGCCCGACGGCAGCUCGUCGAUCAAGUUCUCGAUGUACGGUCAGCGUCUCGCCCAGCUCGAGGCGCGUCCGCUCAGCAGGGCCAAGGUCCUCGGCAACGGCGUCGACCAGGCGCGCAUCGACCACUUCGUGAACAGGGUCAGCGAGGCCAAGGCGUCUCGUGCGGCGCUCAAGGGCGACUUUGACCGCAGCAAGGAGGUCGAGCAGGAGCUCGUCGAGCAGGUCAAGCAGAUCGAGACCGAGAGGGAAGAGCUGCACCAGGAGCGCGUGAAGAUGCACAAGGCGCACGCGACGUGGGUCAAGAACAAGUCGAAGCUCGACACUGCGCAGAAGCAGCUCGACCGCGAGCUCGCCAAGCCGUCGGCGGCCGCCAAGCGCGCCCAGCUCAACGACGAGCUGCGCAAGCUCGUCGACAAGCGCGUCAAGGCGGCGCUCGGGUACGCCGACUCGACGGCGCAGGCGGCCGACUCGCAGGAGGGCGCCAUCAAGGUUGCGCUCCAGGCGCUCCAGGCCGAGAGCGACUUUCGUGCGCUCGACGCGCAGGUGCGCGAGCGGAACGUCGAGCUCGAGGAGAAGAAGGCCGAGCUGGAGCAGAUCACCGUCAAGGUCAAGGCCGCGCUCGUCCAGGGCAAGAAGCUGUACGCGAGCGCCAACGCCGCCCUCGAGGACGCCGACGAGGAGGUCAGCGUGCGCGUCAAGGCCCGCCAGGCGGAAGACGCCCUGUCGUCGCACCAAGAGCUCAACGACGAGCUGGGCGAGCUCGACGCUCAGCUCGGCUGCAUGGGCGCCGUCAGCCCGAUCGUCCUCGAGGCCUACAACAAGCGCAAGGUCGAGAUCGCCGACCAGCAGGCCAAGCUCGACUCGGCCCAGGAGCGCCUCGACGAGUCGCAGCAGAUCAUCACGACGACCGAGAACCUGUGGCGCCCUCGUCUCGACCGCCUCAUCAGCGACAUCUCGGCCAAGUUUACCACCGCGUUCGACACGCUCGGCCUGCUCGGCGAGGUUCGCCUCGCGACCGAGGACGACUACGAGAAGUGGGGCAUCGAGAUCAUGGUGUCGUUCCGGGACCGCAAGGACGACUCGCAGGACGUGACGCUGCAUGUCUUGAGCGGUCAGCGCCAGUCGGGAGGCGAGCGCGCCCUGACGACCGUCACGUACCUGCUCGCCCUUGCCGAGCUCGCGCGCGCGCCGUUCGCCCUCGUCGACGAGAUCAACCAGGGCAUGGACCAGCGUGCUGAGCGCAACAUGCACAAGAUGCUCGUUGAGACGACCUGCAGCCACGACGUCGGGCAGUACUUCCUCCUCACGCCCAAGCUCCUGCCCGACCUCGUCUAUCACCCCAAGAUGAAGGUCCUCGUCAUCAACGUGUCGCCGUACGUCCCGAGCGACCUGACAUUCCAGGGCAUCCUCGACAAGAAGCGCGAGCUCGUCCGCAAGCGCAAGAACGGCGCCCGGGCUGUGCUCGCCAACUGAGGGUCGAGCGAGCGAGACGUCGAGGUGGUCGGUCGCUUUG